UAGGGGAUGAAUUGAGUGAAGAUGAACAAUUGAACGCACCAAAAGGAACAUUAUUUAUUCCUUUUUCACAAUUUCCACCAAGAAAAGCUCGCAAGGACUGCUUCUAUUUCAAUACACCAGCCAUGAUUGCUCCAAAGCAUCUUGAAAAUGUAGAUUCUUGUGAGAAUUGGCUACCAAGAAGAGUGAUGAGUGCCUGGAGAAUAGCUGGAAUUGUGCAUGCAUUGGAAGGUUGGAAUGAGCAUGAAUGUGCUGACAUGAUGCUUGUACUGAAAAAGUGUGGAAAGCUAGUCUGGAACAUGGUUUUUGCCCAUUAACCAAGAUUUCUGCUGCUUAAUCAAAGGGCUAAAAUUAUAUAUAAACUUCUCUUUCUAUUUCGAAUCUUGGAUCUACAACGACUUAAAAGUUUGUAAAAUAUUUCCUACAACACUUUGUGCAACAAAAACUAUCAGUAUGUUGCUCAAGGUUAUGCCCUUCUUUCAACAAAAUUUACCCUUUUGUAGGGUAUAUAAAAAGUGUGCACAGUGCUAACCUACUAUCAGAUGUAAUAGCUAGCAAAGGCCAUUAAUAUAAAGGUUUGAGGUAUCUUAU